AGGAAAGAACACAAGAGUCUGCCGCCAAUCCCCGAGGGCAUUUAGACGCAGCCUGAAAAGGGAGAGCGAAGACUCUCCUUCACUUUGUUUUUACCUGCCUGGAGCCAGGCAGAGUCUCCUCCUAUCCCUGCCCCGUCGGGAUCCCUGUCCGUUCACGUGCUGACUGUAUGGGUUCUUCAGCACCUGCCUGAGGAUCCCCAGCAUUCAUUUCGGAACAAAGGGUUUUUGAAGUCCUCAGACGUUCCCACGAGCCUCCAUUUGCGUUCAAACCGCCUCCCACUAUGAUCCUCUCAUUGAUAUUCCUCUCGGGUAUCCUCGCCUUGGUGUCCGGGCAAACGGAGCAGGAAUGCCCCACAGAAGAUAUACAUCCCUGCACCUGUACGAAAUACUCGAAAGGCGAAGUCAGGGUGGAUUGUUCGCGGGCCAGGUCGGGGGCGCAGAUCGCAUCCGUAUUUAAGAAUGCGUACUGGCCUUCGAGAAUGCUCUGGCAAUUUGUUAUUAUGGACAACGCAGAGGUUCAAGAGCUCCCAGAAGGAGUCUUUCGGGAUCUCUCCUUCCAGGACAUAUGGGUCAACUACACAGCCUUGAGGAGGAUCCAUCCAGCUGCUCUCCUCCCUUCGAAGGAUAGCCUCCAGACUAUGACAAUUCUAUUCAGUGACCUGGAUAGUUUCCCACUUGACAUGUUGCCACUAUUUUCCCGUCUCAAAGAACUUUCCCUCAGGAAUAAUUCUUUGACCUCGGUACCUGCAAUCGAAAGUGAUAGCCUGGAGAUUCUGAACCUCCCGUACAAUAACUUGGCAAAAGUGGAGGGACUUGGAUGGCGGACUCCGAACUUAAGAGAGUUCUACAUAAGUCUCACGCCUGACACAACGGUAAUUCUCAGCUGGAAUAAGGUCGAGGUGUUAGAUGAAACUAUCAUCCGGCCCAUUCUGGAGGUCAUGACGCAGGGAGAGGGAUGCUUAUACCUCGAAAGUACGGCAAAGACAAGAGGUUCAACAGCGAAUGGAAUGACGAAUGGAGCAGUGAAAGCAAAUGGGAAAAAAAAGGACGAAGUCUGCUUAUGUCCUCAAAAUGGUGGAUAUUCCUGCGUCGAAGCAAAGGAGGCCAACUGCAAUCCAGGCACUUUCAUCCUCAACGCUUGUCCUAAGAAUACUCAACUACAAUCCACCACCAAUGGUCAACUCUUCCUCGUUCAAUCCAUGGGAUUCCCUUCUUCCCCAGACAAAGAAGAAUUGGAGAGAAGGAUCAGGGGCAAUGUACUGAAGGAAGCCAAACGUGGAUCCGCUGGUUUCAGUGUGGAGAUUCGAAGUUAG